CUCAUGAGACCACCUUAAUAAGAAUUGUGGUUCUUAAUGUUAGGGUUGAACAAUGGAGUAACAGAAGAACGGAAUUGUGAAAUGGAAGAAGCUGAAACUGGAGAACAACCCACAAUCUACUUUCGUCUGUGUGUCUGGAAUAGUACUGGAACAGAUCCACUUACCAAAGCAUGUAAAUGGUUUGCUAUUCCACCGCGAGGGGUAAAUGUGGACACAAAUGCCCCUCUCUCCCCGGCCUUUCACGAGCCACCCUGGGGAAAGCGUGGGAUAGCAUAUGAACCUGUUGGGGUGGGAUCUCAUAUUUUCCUCAUAAGUGGUGUGGAAGAUAAUUGUUGUGAUGUACCGAUCAGGCGUGUCCAUUAUUUAAAUACUCAAAGCGAAGAGAAAAAAUGGGAAGAUGGCCCUACUCUAGAGAAAGCACCUAAUACGUGCUAUAUCUUCGCUGUGGAUGGCAAGAUUUAUGUACUGGGAAUGUAUUGGGAUAAUUUAUUUACUUUGCACUAUCUUGACUCCCAUAAGUUGGAGAAGGGAUGGACGUGCCUGCUAGAAUUGGAUGAUAAUGAUAAAUCCCCUACGAGCUCAUGUGUGUUUGCACACACAAUUGAAUAUGAAGCUGUAACUGAUUCUACUACUAGUCAACCCAUGCGGUGUGCUCGGCGUGCCAUCAUCGUUACAUCUGAUCGCACGAUCUUCUACGAUUUCAAGAGAAAUGAGAUUGAUGUGCAUUACCAUGAGUUUGAUGAUUUUGGUUUGUCCAAGAGUGGUGUUUGCCAUAAUGGGUUAAUGUACCUCUUGUGUGCAAGAUAUAGCCCUUCCGAAGAUAACCAUACCGAAGUGGCAUGUUUCGACAUUGAGAAGGGCAAAUGGUGCCGCUGUGUGAAGGGAUUUGAAGAGUAUGAUAAUGCACUUCCUCGCCUUCAUAAUCCUGAUACGUACAUGUUUAAUAUUCCUUCAUUGUUCCUUCACUUGGGAGAAGACCGUUUCUGCCUUUUAUGGGUAGGUCGUGGCUCCAAAGUCCACUGCACCAGAUUCACUCUUAAUGUGAUGGGGAGGCGAGUUUUUGCAGAAAAGGUUUCUACCCAGGUGUACAGGGUCGAGGGCUUGGUACGCUGUUUCACUGGGGAGUUUCAGGCUUUGUAAGUUUUUCCUGUUUUGCAUCCUCUUAUUUCUUCUUUAUUCAGACACUCUCACAUGGUUUACUUUUACAUUAUGAGUGGUGGGACAGUCAUGAUUAGAACUAAAAUUUUGGACAUGCCUCCCUUUUGUGCACAACUCAAAAAAUGAUCUGCUCUGAAGAAGAGUAGAAGCUAAUCAAUACACGCUAUUGAA